AUGGCAAAUCCUGCUAGUUAUGGAAACCCUGUCCGAGAUAUUGACCAGGCACUCAUUGCUUUGAAGAAAGGUACACAAUUAAUCAAGUAUAGUAGAAAGGGGAAGCCUAAGUUUUGCCCAUUCAGACUUUCUCCAGAUGAAACAACGUUAAUUUGGUACUCCCAUGGAGAAGAAAGGAAUCUGAAGUUAUCUUCUGUUUCACGGAUUAUUCCUGGGCAGAGAACUCCUGUUUUUAAAAGAUUUUUGCGCCCAGAGAAGGAAUACUUGUCAUUUUCACUUAUCUAUAAUAACGGGGAAAGAUCUCUUGAUCUGAUCUGCAAGGACAAAAUUGAAUCAGAGGCUUGGCUUGCUGGCCUGAAAGCUUUAAUUUCAACUGGGCAACCUCGUAGCAGACGUGCUCAAACAUUUGUGGUCAGGGAGAAACUAAAUAACUUUGUAGGAGUUGCAAAAUUCUACCUUUUGGAUUACAUAAAAUUUUCUGACUUCCAUCCAGCUCUAUUGAGGAUUUGGGAACAUGUUCCCUGUAAUGUUGCUAAGAUCCUUUACAAGUUAUAUGGUAUUGGUGAUUUCCCUCAAGACAGCCGUCCAUUUGGUGCACCACUAGAAUUUACUCCUAGUCCUUACGGUAGUAGAAUUUCGGCUGAUUUUAACUCUAAUGAUUAUCCUUUGAAUAUUACAAGCUCAGAUGUGGGGUCUGAAUGUGCAAAUAUGCAAAUAAGAACGUGCAGUACAGAUGGUUUCCGAAUUAGUGUCUCAAGUGCUCCUAGUUGUUCAAGUCAAGGUUCUGGACCCGAUGACAUAGAAUCAUUAGGAGAUGUGUAUGUCUGGGGAGAGAUUUGGUCUGAUGGAGGACCUAUAGAUGGAAAUGGGUGUACAAUUCCCAUAAAAAAUGAUGCACUGACUCCUAGACCCUUGGAGUCAAAUGUAGUUCUUGACGUGCUCCAAAUUUCUUGUGGAGUUCGGCAUGUUGCUCUUGUUACAAGACAAGGUGAGGUUUUCACAUGGGGAGAGGAUUGUGGAGGCAGACUUGGUCAUGGAAUAGAGAAAAACUUCAGUCGUCCUCGACUCGUUGAAUUUUUGGCAGUUACGAAUGUUGAAUCUGUUGCAUGCGGUGAGUUCCAUACAUGUGCAGUGUCCACAUCUGGUGAUUUAUAUACCUGGGGUGACGGGACCCAUAAUGCAGGACUUCUAGGUCAUGGCAAUAAUGUUAGCCACUGGCUACCAAAAAGAGUUUCUGGACCUCUAGAAGGCCAGCAAGUUUUAUCAAUUGCAUGUGGCACCUGGCAUUCAGCAUUGGUAACUUCUACAGGAAGAUUAUUUACAUUUGGUGAUGGCUUGUUUGGUGCUCUAGGCCAUGGUGAUCUGGAGAGUGUUACAUGUCCCAGGGAGGUUCAAUCCUUGAACGGACUAAAGACUAUUACUGUUGCCUGUGGAGUGUGGCAUACGGCUGCUAUUAUAGAAGUUACAAACCAGUCGGGUUCUAAUGUUAUGUCUGGAAAGUUAUUCACCUGGGGUGAUGGUGAUAAAUAUCGUCUGGGACAUGGGAACAAGGAAACUUAUCUACUCCCAACCUGCGUGUCUGCCCUUAUUGAUUACAACAUCCAUCAGCUAGCAUGUGGACAUCAUAUAACUGUUGCCUUAACGACAUCCGGUCAUGUCUUUACUAUGGGAAGUAAUACAUAUGGUCAGCUCGGAAAUCCACAAUCUGAUGGAAGAUCACCUGCCCUGGUUCAGGAUAGAUUGGUUGGGGAGUUCGUUGAACAAAUAGCUUGUGGGGCACAUCACGUUGCUGUCCUCACUUCAAGAAGUGAAAUGUUUACCUGGGGAAGAGGUGCAAACGGAAGAUUAGGACAUGGAGAUUUGGAUGAUUGUGAUGUUCCAAAAUUGGUUGAAGCUCUAAAAGACAGGCAUAUAAAGAAUAUAGCAUGUGGAUCAAGCUACACAGCAAGUAUUUGCAUUCAUAAGUGGGUUUCUGGUGCAGAUCAAUCAGUUUGCACUGGUUGCAGGCAAGCAUUUGGUUUCACCCGAAAAAGGCACAACUGUUAUAACUGUGGAUUAGUCCAUUGUCAUGCUUGCAGUUCAAAAAAGGCACUUCGUGCAGCAUUGGCUCCUACUCCCGGAAAACCACAUCGAGUGUGUGACCCUUGCUAUAUGAAACUUAAAAAGGCUGCAGAACCUGGAAAAUUCGGGGCUAUUAAUCGAAGAAUGAGUUCCCCUCAUCAUCCAACAGAUUAUAGUAGCAGGGUAGACCGGGGAUACAGAAGGAGUUCCAGAAUUUUGCUCUCUCCAAAUAUGGAACCUGUCAAGUACCUCGAAAUUAAAUCUGGAAAGCCUGGAAACAUAUAUGACUCUUAUUCCAUUGUGCGUGCUUCGCAAGUUCCAUCACUUCUACAGCUAAAAGAUAUUGCUUUCCCAAGUUCAUUUAGUGCCAUUCAGUAUGCAUUAAAUCCUGUUGCAACAUCAGCACCACAGCCUCUGAUGCCUCAGCCACAAUCUCAGUCCAACUCAAGACCUGCUUCACCAUACUCGAGAAGACCAAGUCCUCCACGCUCUGCUGCCCCUGUACUUUCGAGGGGUGUCAUUGAUAGUUUAAAGAAGACCAAUGAUCUUUUGAACCAAGAAGUUUCCAAACUUCAAAACCAGGUUAAGAGUUUAAAGCAACAAAGUGAGUUCCAAGAAAUGGAAAUUCUGAAGUUGAAUAAGACUGCCCAAGAAGCUGCUACAUUGGCUGCAGACAGAUCUUCCAAAUGUAAAAUUGCAAUGCAAGCCGUCAAGAUCAUCACAGUACAAUUAAAAGAAAUUACGGAGAAAAUGCCUCCUGAGAUUUGUGAGAGUGAAUCAUUUAAAGCGAUGCAUUCUCAAAUCGAAUCUUUUCUUGACACCGUUCAAACUCAAGCGUCUGAAGAUAGUUCGGCUAUGCGACCAGAGUCGACAUCGGAAGAUCACAACGAUGCUGCAGGAGUUCAGGAUACGUCACAGAGUGUUGACGGAACUCCAAAGGGAAGCAAUGGAUUGUCAGUUUCUGACACAAAAGGUGUAAAUCAACCAAUUACGGAAGGUGUCUCUGGGACGCCUGAAGACGCUAGAAGUGAAGGACGAAAGGAAGUAAUUGAACAAUUUGAACCAGGUGUUUAUGUUACACUCAUUCUACUUGCAGAUGGAACCAAGAUAUUCAAGAGGGUUCGGUUCAGCAAGCGAAGGUUUGCCGAGCAGCAGGCAGAAGAAUGGUGGAGAGAAAACAAAGAUAGGCUGCUUAAAAAGUACAGUCCACCUCCAAAAGUAAAUAGUGUACCAGCAGAUGUAACUUCAGCUCAACCACCGGCUGAGGAAAAUAACUCGACGACACAAUCUUCAUAG